GCCGCCGACUCAUCACCGGUCUCACCUCCUGAAAGGCAUGGCAAACCGAAUAGAGGAAGCUGCUUAAAAUGCCCAGAGACAAGGUGGAAACAAACUAAAAAACCUCCUCACGGGUCAGCGGUGGAGAUCAGUAGAUCCAGGAGAGAAGAGAGUGUGUGGGGGAGAGAAAGAGAGAGAGAGUGAGGGGGGUGGCGGGCGGCGGCCGCGGCGGAGAUGGGGUGGGGUAGGACGAUCUACGAGGGGACGGUGGUGGUGGGAUCGCUAGGCCUGCUCGGGUGGGCCGGGCUGUGGUUCCUCAACCGAAGGCUAUACAAGGAGUACGAGGAGAAGCGGGCCCUUGUCCAGAUCCUCUUCAGCCUCGUCUUCGCCUUCUCCUGCAACCUCUUCCAGCUCGUCCUCUUCGAGAUCCUCCCGGUCCUCUCCAAAGAGGCUAGAUGGCUCAACUGGAAGAUUGACCUGUUCUGUUUGAUAAUGUUGUUGGUGUUCAUAUUGCCAUAUUACCAUUGCUUUUUGAUGCUUGGUAACAGCGGAGUGAGGAAAGAACGAGCUGCACUUGGAGCAUUCUUAUUCUUACUGGCAUUUCUUUAUGGUUUUUGGCGACUGGGAAUUCACUUUCCGAUGCCUUCUCCAGAAAAAGGGUUCUUCACAAUGCCUCAGUUAGUUAGCAGAAUUGGUGUAAUAGGCGUGACCGUCAUGGCUGUGUUAUCUGGCUUUGGUGCUGUCAAUCUGCCUUACAGUUAUCUAUCCCUAUUCAUCAGGGAGAUUGAGGAAUCAGAUAUUAAAGCCCUGGAGAGGCAAUUGAUGCAAUCAAUGGAGACAUGUAUAGCGAAGAAAAAGAAAAUCAUUCUGUCCCAGAUGGAGAUGGAGAGGCUUCGAGGAUCAGAAGAGAAUUUGAAGGCCAGAUCUUUUAUAAAGCGUAUAGUUGGGACAGUUGUGCGGUCUGUAGCCGAAGACCAGAAGGAGCAAGAUAUCAAAAGCUGGGAAGCAGAGGUACAGGCUUUAGAAGAGCUCUCGAAGCAGUUAUUCCUCGAGAUAUAUGAACUUCGUCAAGCUAAGGUAGCUGCUGCAUAUUCUCGGACAUGGAGAGGGCACCUACAGAAUUUAUUAGGCUAUGCUUUGUCAGUCUACUGUGUGUACAAAAUGAUAAAGUCUCUACAAAGUGUGGUAUUCAAGGAGUCAGGUUCUGUUGAUCCAGUGACAAUGACAAUCAGCAUAUUCUUUCAGUUCUUUGACAUAGGCAUUGAUGCUGCUCUUCUAUCACAGUAUGUAUCUUUGCUAUUCAUUGGAAUGUUGGUUGUCAUAUCUGUUCGAGGCUUCUUAACAAAUCUCAUGAAGUUCUUCUUUGCAGUUUCUAGAGUUGGUAGUGGAUCAUCUACAAAUGUCGUCCUUUUCCUAUCAGAGAUCAUGGGAAUGUACUUUGUAUCAUCCAUCCUCCUAAUAAGAAAAAGUCUAGCAACUGAAUACAGCAGGAGCACCCCCUCCGCAUCAUUAACCUCUGUAAUACAAGUGCAAGUGCUUUAUAACAUCGCAGACCAGAUAUCUAGGACCUUAAUUAUUUGACCCACUAAGUUCUUUCGUUACUCAUAGUCUUGCCUUUCCUGGCCAAAGGGAAGAGAUUGAGAGAGGGAUCCUAAAGGUGAAAGUCAAAGGUCUUUGAUUUCAAUCGAAAGUUGCCUUUUCUAUGAUGCUUGUAUCAAGAAAAGCAUUAUCAGCUGAAUUUACUGUUCCUCCUGCAAGACCAAAUUGUGGGGAUAUGGAAAAUGACUAUCAAAAUUAAGAGUGAUUCUUCCAAGUGAAUAAUUCCAAACUAGGGCUUGCAUGUUCAACUCUGAUUGUGAUGAUAAGAAUUUCUUACAGGUGUGAUUGCAAUUUACUGAUCCUAGCCUCCUUGUGUCCAGUUUAGUAUCAGAGGUUCUUUUAGAACUAUUAAUGAUGGUGCAAACAUGAGCUCCCCUACUUCGAAUUUAAGUUUUCCUCCUCUUAAAGUCAUACAGCACAGAAUGGAGCAUAAGAAGCUGAAAGAAGUGAUUCCGGUCAUGCCUCACCCUCUUCUCAAUGCACAUUAUUCUGAUCAGUGCUUUCGCUGUUUAAUAUUUUCCCCUUUUCCAAUUUCUUUGGCUUGAAUUUUAAUCCACAUGCACCUUCAGCAAAAUUGCAUGCCAAAGUCCAUUAUGGGCGUCUCCCUUUUUUCACUUUCUUUGGUUUGAAUUUAAUCCACAUGCCCUUUCAACAAUAUCACAUGCCAAAACUCCAUUAUGGGCAUCUCUUAUUGGCUGGUUCAUGUCCAUUCAUCUCGAAUGGACGUGACCCAGCUUACUUGCAGAAAGAGCAUCUGUGUACAACUUGACAUGGUACUAUCUUCUCAUCUUUAACUCCAUGGAAUCUAGAAAGUGGGUUGGUUGGUGCAGUACUGGUUAGUUGGUGUUUUGCGGGAAUUGGAGACGCUGGUUCAUGAAGAUUACAGUUGGUAGAAACCGUCAAUAUUAGUUAAAGCAUGUACUUGACUAUAUGACUUUGUUUUUCCUAAUACGAAUAAAAUCUUUUACUAAGUCGUUUUCUGUUGACUUGGG